CCCCCCGGGGCCCGCGGACCGAGCGGCGCUGGCCGGGAGGAGGGCGCUCCCGGGGGAGCUGGUGAUGCUGGCCCGAGGGUGAGCGGCCUCGGGGGGGCUGGUAGGAGCGGCUGGGGCCGUCCUGGGCUUCCCCGGGGAGAAGUGCGGUGGGACCAGCGGCAAGAGCGGGGGGCAGCUGUGUCCCAAGCGCUGCUUCAGCCUCUUCUGUGGCUCUUGUGCCCGAAGAGGAAGGGUCACCCUCUCCCCCAGGCCUGCGCAUCAGCAUCUGACUGUGGUGACUCCAGCCCUGGGGCUGUGACUCUGAGAGCUGAGCUGGUUUUUGGCCUGUGAGACUGGAGCAAGAUACUUCCUCUAUGGCUGCGUGGCCGAUAUAAUGGAGGGAAAGUUGUCGACAUGUGGCUGGUCCCCCAUAGAUCUGGUCAGCUGUGUGGCAGCCGUCUCCAUGCCACUGACUGGCUAUGCACACAGCACGGGGCGGCUCGUCUUGUGAUCUGCAGCACCCAGCCCAAUUACUCGAGUUGUUGCUGCGUCCCGUGACUCCCUCGCUGCGUGUGCGCUGGGAUGCUUCUUGAGAAGCAGGACUGGGCUCGCAGGUCUCUGGCAUGCCCUACUUUUCCUGCCUCAGGUGGAGCCUGGCUUCUGGGAGCUGUGGCAGGCAGGUCCCUGCUGAGCUGGUGGGCUGUGGGGCAAUACAUACUUCCUCCUGCUCCUUCUUGUUGCCCAAUACAAGAUGUGGUGUCACUGGGCUGGAUGAGCUGCCUGGGGGUGGCAGAGCGGAGGCUGCCAGGCCGUGGGAGACCUGAGUGCGGCGAGGGCUGGUGGAGGAUGUGUGUGAGGAGCCAAAGUCUGUGCGCUCCUGGCCAUGUCACCUGGCAGGUCCCCCCACCUGCCCUGCUGUCAGCAAAUGUGAAAAUCAUUGGCGUCUUCAAGCCCAAGAACGAGGAGCCAUAUGGGCAGCUGAACCCCAAGUGGACCAAGUGGCUGCAGAAGUUGUGCUGCCCGUGCUGCUUUGGGAGAGACUGCCUCGUCCUCAACCAGGGCUACCUGUCGGAGGCAGGCGCCAGCCUGGUGGACCAGAAACUGGAACUCAACAUUGUUCCCCGCACGAAGGUGGUGUAUCUGGCCAGCGAGACCUUUAACUACAGUGCCAUCGACAGGGUGAAGUCCCGAGGAAAGAGGCUGGCCCUGGAGAAGGUGCCGAAAGUUGGCCAGCGCUUCAACCGCAUUGGUCUGCCGCCCAAGGUGGGGUCCUUCCAGCUCUUUGUGGAAGGCUACAAGGAUGCUGACUACUGGCUGCGGAGGUUUGAAGCCGAGCCACUCCCGGAGAACACCAACCGGCAGCUGCUGCUGCAGUUUGAGCGGCUGGUGGUGCUGGACUACAUCAUCAGGAACACAGAUCGGGGCAAUGACAACUGGCUCAUCAAGUACGACUGUCCCCUGGACAGCGCGGGUGUGCGGGACAGUGACUGGGUGGUGGUGAAGGACCCCAUCAUCAAGCUAGCCGCUAUAGACAACGGUUUGGCCUUUCCCUUGAAACACCCGGACUCCUGGAGAGCAUAUCCAUUUUACUGGGCAUGGCUGCCCCAAGCCAAAAUCCCCUUUUCACAGGAGAUCAAGGACCUGAUUCUUCCCAAGAUCUCAGACCCCAACUUUGUCAAGGACCUGGAGGAAGAUCUGUAUGAGCUCUUCAAGAAAGACCCCGGCUUUGACAGGGGUCAGUUUCACAAGCAGAUUGCUGUCAUGAGAGGCCAGAUCCUGAACCUGACUCAGGCGCUGAAAGAUGGGAAGAGCCCCCUGCACCUGGUUCAGAUGCCGCCUGUGAUUGUGGAAACAGCACGUUCCCACCAGCGCACCGCCAGUGAGUCCUACACGCAGAGCUUCCAGAGCCGGAAGCCAUUCUUCUCAUGGUGGUAGCUGUGGGAGCCGUGGGCAGGGCUUGGCCACCUUGGACUAGCACUGCGAGAGGAGCCGGGCCACCGCUGGCUCCUGUGGCCGGGACUCGAUCUUCUGGGUAGAGCAAACAGGUGCGGCUGGAGGAACCUGCAGCUGAACUGGAGGAGCCAGGCAGGUUGGGCAUGGUCCCUCCCCAGCUCCAUCGGAGCUCAGUGCCCUGCCUGGGGCAGAGCCCAGGGGGAGGUGUGGGAAUCCGCUGGGAGCCGUGGUGUGGCUGGGACCCUGCCCCUGCCUCCCUUCCUCAGCCUGCAUGCGGUUCUGAGCACCCCUGCUUGGGGCUGGAAUGAGCAGGCUGUGCAGGCCAGGAUCUGUCCAGCCCUUUACACCAGCCACUGGCCCUUUUCACCGCCGUGCUGGCUGCCAGGCUGGGAAGGCCUGUAGUGGGUUAUACCCCCUCCUUUUCCCCGAGGGUGUGCUGUAUUCCUCCACUGUCCCUCCUCUGCCCCAACCCCGUGCACGCUGCUUUCCUCAGGGGGAGUUCCUGCUGCCCGCUGGUGCAGCGGGGACCACAAUGAACGGCUGUUCUCUGGCUGGGGGCUCAAGGAGGGGACAUAGGAGGGACAACUCACGGGGCUGGCUUGGGCACAGUUAGACACUAAGGGGAAAGAGGUGCUGGCUUGUCCUUGUGAAGAGCAGGUGGCUCUGGGAGGGGCUGUAGCUUAGUGCUGCCCCCCUUGCCGUGGGACCCCCCCCAGCUGGAGAGGGCUGAGGGUGGGUGCGAGCACCCUUUCCCCAUCUGCUGCCCGAGUCGAUCCCUCCUGCCAGGUUUCCACGGCUGCUCUUGCUUGGCUUUUGCCCCUGCUCCCAGCAAGCUUCCUGGCUGCUGUGCAGCCGGCAUGGUGCCAGCCUUGUCUGUGCCUAGGGCCCCCUUGAGUGGCAGGGGGCUGCCGGGGCAGGGGAAGGGCCGGAGGGGCUCUUCUGCUGCAUGGGUGGGAGGCGUGAUGGGAGCAUGGGGGGGCCAGCAUGGGUUCCUGGCUGCCCUGGUGCUGACAAUCCUGCAGGCCUGCUGUGGGUGGGUGAGGCAGCAAGCCCCUUUCUCCCCAGAACAGAAGCUGCUGGGCUUGUGUUGUCUAAAAUGGUACCAGGGCUGCUGCGUGCAUCCGCUUGCCUUGGGCUGCGGCUUCUGCUGCUGGGGGAAGCUGGUGCUGGGUCUCACUGUCCUGUUAGCCUGUCUUUGGGGGGUGGGGGGGAAUGAAGGCAGGUUGGGGCUCUGCUACUUGAGCCUGGGAGGGGAGAGCAGCUCCCUUGUCUCCUGUGUGGGGAUGGGGCUUGGCACUGGCUGUGCAAGCACAGGGUGGGCAGCAGUGAGACCCCCCCAGCUCCCCGGCCAGGCCCAGCUGCAUCUCCAACUGACCCAAAAAUGUAUUGUUCUAAUGCACUGUAGAAAUGUAUGUAAUGUAUUUAAACCAUGCAACUGUCUGAAUAACAGAGCUGCCAUUCA